AUGGAGAGACCGCCAACUCCCGCUCAAGGGCCCGUGCCAGACAUUAACUCAACUCCGCCAUUACAAUCGCCGCAUACUCCCGCUCAUCGAGACGUGAGAACUAACAAUGGGACUCCACCGGUACGAUCACCGCCCAUAAGCCAAUCAAGCUCGUCUUCGCGCAGAACUACCACAUCAGACUCUGGAGCUGGAGAGUUUGGACGUUCUCAACCGGAUUCUCCCGCGACACCUCCCGCACGGAAUGUACGACGUGGAAGCCGUUCCCGCCAACAUUACGUUAGGAAUUUUAUAGAUGUAAAUCCAAAUUUGGAUUCUAUUAAAAGCAACAUGUUCAGUGAGUUUAAAAGUUUAUUAUCUUUUUUAUAAAUUUUAGUAUAUGUUUAAAAUAGGUAUUUCAUUCUUAACGUUUCAGAAUGUAUCAAAAAUGCCGAACCUAGAAAAAUAUAAAUUUUUGAUAUUCCCCGCCAAGAUAUUGAAGACAAACUAGAUGAAAAAUGUUUGCACUUGCUGGAGCAGUACCAAAGAGAAGGAAUAAUUGAUUUGGCAGACAACCCGAUCUUGGUCUACAUUUCGGAUUCCGCUGAAGGUCAAAUCAUAGAGGUUUUGGAUGGAAGACAUCGAGUUGAAGCAUUUCGCGCUUGGUUCGUCAAAACUUAUGGACCAAGAAAAAUUGUCAACGCUGAGUUCGAUCUGCUUUCCGCUCGCUGCAUUGUUACGGUUCUCAACAAGGGUGAGAAAGUGUUGUGUGGGUGGCUAAAUCACGGAAAAUCGGAAACUGCACAUCAAACUACACGUGCCGCACAAAAAAAUGUAAGUUGCACUUUAUGUUUUUUAAUUUUAUCACAUUUUUAGGUAACGGAUCUCAUCAACAUGAAAAGCCUUCUCUUUCCGGAUAAUACAUCAAACACAACAGCCUCGAGAACACUCAGCGGCAAGAUCAGAAGCCGCCUUGCUUCCGCAUUGACCUGUAAACUGGCUGAGCACCACGUGUACAUAGCGUUCCGCACAGAUAAAGAACGUCUGCUGUUGUUGAGAUUAGCAAGAGCUGUUGAGACGAGGAAAAUUUGCAAUAACGAGAAAAAUGCGGACAAAACAACAUUCUGGAGAACAUUAAUUCCGCUUCUCAAAAAUGGACAUAAGCAAUGCCUGGUCGAACUAGAAAGAUACCUGGACAUGUCAGAGCGACAAAGCGGAAAUGCUGCGGAACUGUUAGAAGUGAGUUAUAUAUAUUUUCAACAUUUAUGUUUAGACUCUUCGCCACAACCGCUCCGAAAUGUCGAUGUUCUUGUACAAGUACUAUCGUGAAUUGCCAACGUCUUGCAGCCUUUACAGGAGCGACCGUUUUUUGUUAUCAGAUUGCUUCAACUUGAUGAGAUAUUGGUAUGUUUUAAUGGUAUUUUUGCCACAUAUUUUAUAGUUUUUAUGUUUGUAUCAAAAUGUUUAAUGGAACAAUUGCAUUAUUUGCAGUAAAACAACGUUCCGCCUUGACGAACUGAUUGCUAAGCAUCAAAAGCCGUGUCAUCUACGGAUGUUAAAAGCCGCAGCUUUGUUUUUGGGUGUUGGAAAAGAAGAGAAUCCGCUAAUUACCACAUUGAAUGAUCUUUGCACACCUGAUUGGGGUAGUGAAUUGCUAGUUAAUCAUUGCUUUUACACCGUUAUUGACACACAUUAUGUAAGUUAAAUGUUUAAAUUAAUACAUUUUGUUUUAAGCUUGCCAAUUGCUCAACAACCGUCAUGAGAGAAUUGAUAAAAAUGGAAGAUUCAAUCCGCUCCGUGCUUAUAUUAGCUCCAAGCAAUCUGGAGGACCUCGAAGAUGAAUUCUGGCUGUCGCUGAAACAGUUUAUACAGGGGUGGUUUUACGAUACCGCUUGGGAUGUCUUGCACUCUGAUGUUCAGUUUGGCUCACCGCUCCGCCACAGUCGCCUUUUACAUUUCAAAAAAGACGAAAGCUUCAUGAUCACCGACCGUACUGAAAGAUCCGUUGUUAUGAACCAGAUCAGCGCGAUGUAUCCUACAAAUUGCGGAGGUGCCUACUUUGUUGGAAACCGUGAUUGUAAGUUUCAACCUUUAUUUUUGAACUUUAUUCUAUUUCAAUGUACAUAUUGUCUAAUACAGGUCGUUUCGUUGGCCGCCACACCGUCCCCAAGACAGAAAACAAUGUUAUUGUUUACCGCUACAUCGAGGAUUUGCGCGCCGCCCACAAGGAGACCAGCCUGUACACGAAGUCACAAUACUUCGACAUGGAACGUGUGUUGGAUGACGAUCUGAAUCCCGAAGAUCCCGCUUAA